GUCACCGACCAGCUGACUUCCCUUGACUCAGUUCGAAGUUGUGCGUUUUGAGUGGCUGUGUCAGAGGGUGGACAUAGGCGUGACUCUGCAUAUACACACUGCGUUAAUUGAGGAUGCACACACACAGCAGAGGUGACUGGCUCGUGACCAAGCGACCCAGUGAAGAAACACGGUGAAGACUGGACAGAACUGGUACACGUAUCUGAUUGGACCUGACCUGAACUAAGGGGACUGGCCUAAGGGGGUCAGUGCUGGGGCGUGGACUCACCUGGAGCUGCCUGGGGAGGAGAAUUUGACCCUUGAGUGAGAAAAACGGUCAAUACAAGACUGGUACACGUAACGAACAAGACCUGACCUGAGCUAAGGGACAGGCCUAAGGGGGUCAUUGCUGGGACCUGCCUACUGGGAAGAGUUUGACCCUCAAGUGAGAAAAACGGUCAAUACGAGACUGGUACAGGUAAGGAACAAUACCUGACCUAAGCUAAGGGAAGCCAGGGUCAAGCCUAAGGGGUCAUUGCUGUUGCCUGGUAAAAAGUUUGACCGAGAAUUUGACCCUUGAGUGAGGAAAACGGUCAAUACAAGACUCGUACAUGUAUCGAACAAGACCUGACCUGAGCUAAGGGGAGCCAGGGUCAAGCCUACGGGGGUCAUUGCUGGUGCCUGGUGAGGACAAAACAAAGAACAAAACAAUAAAAAAAACACAGAAUAGAGAGAAAAAAGAAAGAAUAAAAAGAAAAAGGAGAAAAUUUUGUAUCCUUCACAGACGUAAUGCAAAAUCCAGCUUCCUAGGUUUAUUUUUCCUCCCAUUUCCUCCUCUUGGCACCAUUAGGGCAGCACCAGUGAAGAGUUUGACCCUAAGCGAACACCAUGGCCUCAAUCCCCAUCCCCGGCAGUGAGAAUGGCAGUGCCGAGGAGGUGGCCUGCUCCCCCGCCCUGCACCAAGACGCCCUGGACACCCUGCAGCAGGACGAGACCCACGGCGUGCCCCUCAACACACACUGGACCUUCUGGAUUGACAAGGCCACGAGGGGAGCAACAGCCGCUCAGUAUGAAGCCAACAUGAGGAAAAUCUACAGUGUGUCAACAGUUCAAAGCUUCUGGUCAGUGUACAACAACAUACCUGAUGUGUCGGACCUGUCGCUGCGCUACUCUUACCAUCUGAUGAGAGGCGACAGGCGGCCCAUGUGGGAGGAUGAGGGGAAUCAGAAAGGCGGGACAUGGCGGGUCAAGGUGUCCAAAAAGGAUACGUCCCGCUUGUGGAAGGAGCUCCUGCUGGCAGCCAUUGGUGAGCAGUUUGAGGGCCACUUGGCACCCGGGGAUGAAGUGUGUGGCAUCUCUGUCUCAGUGAGGGAGCGCGAUGACCUGCUGCAGAUCUGGAACUACGACUCCACCCUUAUCAGCGAGGCGACCAUCAUGAAGAAGGUUCACAGUCUGGUCCCGGACAUUGUCUUUGGCGCAGAGUUCUACAAACCUCACCAGACGCACCACGCCUACGAGGGGGAGAAGUCACAGCUACCCAAUGCCAUGUUGAUAAACUCUUGAGCAAGGUAUGUGAUAGGUUGGUAUCUGCUCGCACACACACAAACUCCACGUAUGGUUUAAGUUGCAAAGUUUGGGACUCAUCACACCCAAUUGUAUGCCCCAUGUAUCCUGUGUUGGUAAGGAUGUCUUAAAGGACUACUGGAUAUUUACCUCUUGUAUGCUUUAGUCUGUGUUUUAAAUUAUGUAUAUUGAAGAUGGCGGUGAUUUGAUAUUAUUGGCAGGUUCGGCAACUCAAAGGCUGUUGUAUACAUAGGAAGUGUAACAUAACUGUGUAUUAUAUUAUGUCUGUAUCAAGUUUGGCUUUUAGUUCAACUUUAUUAUUCUGUUAUGUAGAUAUGAGGUGGUCCUGUUCGACCCCUUGUGAAGGUUUAUCUUUUGUAACCUAGGCUAAGAUUUAUUUUCCUCAUAGAUACUUUAUGUUUAGCGGAAGUGUGUAGAACAGUAAGAAACAUGAGGUGCUGAUACACAUGUUAAGUCUUAGCUGAAGGACAGGGCCGUAUUACAAGUCGAAUCCCAGAAGUUUCGGGUCCCUACAAAGGUCGGCUUAGGGGCUGUAUCAUGAGUCCAAUCUGAGAAAUUUUGGGUCCCUACAGAGUUUGGGAUGAAUAACUCUGAUGGGACCUGAAACUUCUCAGAUUCACCUUGUAAUACAGCCCCUAAACUGACCUCUGAUGGGACCCAAAACCUCUCAGAUUCGACUUGUAAUACGGCCCAUAGAUGUAUGGUACCUUGAUUUGUGUUCUGAGGUGAGUUUCUUUCAGGCUAUAUUCACUUUGUUUACAUCACUAGUUUGUUAGGUCAGCAGUCAAUGUCUUCAUUCCACUGAGUAUUACUGAGGUGUCUCUCAUUAUGUUUCUCUGGAAGUGUUCACAUUGGUCUUUCCUCCAGACAGAAUGCAAGUCUUAGGACACUCUGUGAUAAACGGAUGCACAAUCAUCAAUACCUGUAGUGAAUCAUGUAAUCUUUCUUAAGGUCAUGAGAAGAUAUGCACAAAAUGUCACAUGGAUGCCUUUGCCUUCUGCUAGGAAUAGUUUUAUUGUGCUUCUUGUCACACACACACACACACACACACACACACACACACACACACACACACACACACACACAAACACAAACACACACACACCUCAGAUAUCAUAUUGCUCCAGUAGCUUAGUGGAGUAAUUCUUUGCUCUGUUAGACUCAGGCCUGGCCGGCGGAGGCUCAAGCCCUGCUCAGGCCGAAAGAUUUUUACACUGCCAAGGAGCGUUCACUGUCUCCCUUGAGCAAGGAGACAGGGUGUAUUGUGCAUGGAGCUCCCAGCAGCACCCUGAGGUCAGUAAUGAGCUUGCUCUCAUCGGGAAGAUACUUGCUGGUGGUCACGAGUCCAGUAUAUGAUCAAGUCAUGGUGAAUUGCACACACACACAGUGAGGUCUCCAUGUGCAUUUAUAUUUGCAAACAAAGGAAGUCCUAAACUCCUUUAAUUUUUCAAGAUAGCUCACUAUAGCUUGGCUUGCAGAUAGUGGGAGGAAAUUUAAUUAAAAACAAGUGAUUCAGUGUGAUUUGUUCCUAAGAAUUGACGGUGAAUAGUCUGAGGGAUUGUGAAGUCUCUAACACUAUCAUUUAUACUACUACUACUACUACUGGUAAUGGGGAGCAUAUGCCCAGGAGCGUUGCUUCACUCACCCGCCGCCUCCACUCCCAAUGGUUCCCCUGAGCAGGCCCCAACGCAGCCUCCCUAUCUACCCCUAAAAUUACUCUCACCACAAAACAGUAAUUGCAAUGAGAAUGUUGUGCUUCCAAAGAUAAACAAUAGUAAACUUUGCUCAAAUGAUCUAUUUUUCUAUUGCAGGAAAGCUAUGCUCAAAUGAUCUAUUUUUCUAUUGAAGGAAAACACCCACUAACAAGGAAUGCUUUCACAGCGUAGUCAAGUCAGGUAUUCCUGUGACAGCUUGGAAGUCUUAACAAUUGGGAGGUGAACCUAUGGGAGUGGAGGAGGCUCUGAGGCUGGAGGCAGGGUACCCGUGAGGCGUGUUACUCCUGGGGCUUCACACAAAGUCCCAAAAUCGCAAUGUGUUUAUUGGCAUUGGCAGCAGUUUGUCCACGAAGGCAGCGGAACACACUGCUGAAACAGGACUUUCAUCUGGAGAGUUAUGUCCUGCGUGCAGCUGUCUCAGCGGCACAGGUUUUUAUGUGGUGAAAGUGUAAGGCCAAGUUCUUAAUGGUAGUAGAAGGGCAGCAACUGCUUCCUUCUUUAGCUUUGAUAGCUGGAUUUUUAGCCAUCAUCAGGAUUGUCAAUAUCAAUUCAUACACAGUUCUGAGUUGCUCAAGCCACUCAUCAAAAAUAAUGUUAGCAAUAUUGCAUGUGCACAAACACAAGUGUAUGUGUUUGACUGUCUGAGAGCUCCAACCUUUCUGAACAAGCCCAAAGUGAGUGCCUUGAAUCCUGACAUCUCUGUCUCUGUCUUUGCCGGCACAGCCCCAGCAGGACCAUCUCAUCCUCCCCAGCAGUCAUUAGUGUUCAAUAUAGAGUUAUCCCACCUUUAAUGGGUGCACAAAUACAUGCAUCUGGUCUGCAUCUGUUUAACACUGCAAUACACAAGCAAUAUAUAAGCAUACUUCAAGUGGAUGUUGUGUGAUGCUCAAGAAUCCCUGCAGUUAUACAUGUAAGCAAGUUGUGUCUCUGAGGCAACCCCUAAGGUUGAGGCACUGAAGGUCUGUAGGUGAAUGAGUUGCAGACACCAAGGCCUAGCUGUAUAUCCAGUGACUUUAUUCUUUGUACCUACUUUGGUUGGGAUGCUCACAACAUAUUAGUUUCUGAAAUGAUUUUCUGAGGCACCCAGCAGCCCACAUACCCUUCAUUUUGCUCCACGUACUCUAAUAGUAUGUUGAUUGUUCUGCCAUAUUGCCAGUGUCAAGAAUUUCAAUUAUUUUAUCCUUCUGAGACAUUUUUUCAAUCUCACAAUAUGCUUAUAUAUUAAUGCCAGAAUAAAGAUGAAAGAAUAUCGGAAA